AUAUCUGGUGUCGAAUCGCCUCCAAUUUUACUGCAUACAAUAUGUAAUGCCUGGGCCGAAAAUCCUGAAAUGCGGCCUACAUUCCAUGACAUUAGUAAAUCUUUAGAGCAGAGUAUGCACGACAGUUGUGUGGCGCAGGACCUGAUAGGUGGGAAUCCGGUUCCUCCGGAGACUUUUACUCAGGCCACAAUUUAUUUCAGUGAUAUCGUCGGUUUUUCGCAUAUAAUUGCGAAAUCGACAGGUUAUCAAAUUGUUGACUUCCUGAACGACCUCUACUCUGCCUUUGAUACUGCAAUCCAAAUGUUUGAUGUCUACAAGGUGAGCUGCUUAGCGUUUUGGCAAACGUAG